ACUUCUCGUUCAGUACCGUUACUCCUGUAGCUCGCGGUAGAACCGCGGCGUGAUUUCGCCAGCGGAACCACCUGGCGCUGCAUAUCAGAGGUGGUACCGCGCACAAUUCAAGCGAUUAGACGUCACGGCGACAUGUCGCGGGUCAGUGUAGUCAUGAAUCUUUUUUACUUUGGUCAUGACUUUUGAUGCGUUGCCGUUUCUGAUCCUGUGUCUGUGCAUCUCGUGGUGCUCAGGGCAGCCAGCCGACUUAAUCGAAGUUGAAGCACUAGUAAAGAAAUGGGCGCCCUUGGUAUGGCUGUCACCAGACGAACAAUACAUGCCUAUGAGCGUCGGAGAAUACCUCAAAAACGUCAAUGUUGUGGAUAGCAAAGGAAACCAGGUGCAAAUUCCAUGGAACCAGGAUCUACCCAAGAUUAACACGAAACAGCUGUAUCUAAUCCCAAAAAGUGAACCGAACGGCACGAAUUCCUUCAUACUCGGUCGAAACCCAAGCCAAUACCCCGUGUCCAUUUAUGCUGUCGUGACCUACUGCACGGGACCUCAAUCAUCCACGACCACCCGAGGGGUUGACACAAACACGGUUUACGACAAUAAGGAAAACGGCUUGCAUUUCCACGUCAGCUAUUGGCUUUUCUAUCCUUACAACGAAGGGAAGGAAGUAUGUUUUCUUGGACGGGUGCCGACUCUGAAAAUAUUUAACACGUGCUUUGGCCAGAAGAAAUCGAUUGGAAAUCACUUAGGCGAUUGGGAGCACAUGAGCUUGGAAUUUGAUGGCAAGCCGUAUCCUGAUAAGCUGUUCCUAGCUGUACACAAUUCUGGGGCCUACUACACUUGGGACGAGAAACAAAAAUAUUUUCGGCAUGAAAAGGAUGCUGAAAAACCCAUUAUACCUCUACCGAAAGUCCCGCCUAUUCUCAAGACUCAAGGAGGCCACCCUGUGAUAUUUUCAGCAACCGGAUCUCACGGACUAUGGGCAUCACCUGGAGAGCAUGCCUAUUUCAGGGUACCUAAACUGACAGAUCAGAAUGGAUACGGAUAUCCUUGGAAAACAUGGAACAACAUCGAGAUUUACCACCUAGGACAAGGUUCCCUUCCGUUGUGGAUGGCCUUCAAAGGAAAAUGGGGGAAUCCAAAAAGCAAUUGCAUGUUGUGGCAGAAAUUAGACCUGUGCGAAUACACGGAGGGGCCGGCUGGGAUUAUAAGGACAAACAAAGAUUUCUACUGCUAUUCUUGAUUAUUUGUCCAGCUCACUGUUAUAUUCUGAUUUUGAAUAAAGAUCUUGUUUUACGUGA